UGCCUCCUGAAUGUACCAGGUGGUCAAAAAAUCAGAAGUUUUCCUUUAGAGCGGUGUGCACUUUAUAUAAGCCCAAGAGUGGGUUCGAACUCAGCACAGAAGUAAAGCGAGUUCUGGCAGCAAAGUCACCAUGUCGAAGAUCACUCUGUUCAUUGCUUUCGUUUGCCUUUGCGUGGUCGUUCAGGCCCAAAAUGAAAGGGAAAUCUGCCGGCGUGUCAAUGAGAGAUGUCUGUCCAGGGUUGAACGCAAUGGAAGGACCAACGAUGUUUCGGACAUUUUCAACGAAAGCUGUCGCCGUACCGACAGGAACUGGCGCAGCGUCACCCGGUGCGAACUCGCAAGGGCCACCUGUAUUUUGACUCUGGAACGAUGUGAAUCCUUGUCCUGCGAGAACAUCAGGCGAGCUCUCGAUCGCCGACCCACCGAGUAAGGAACCACCUGACUUAUCGAUACUUCAAAAACGAAGUGAAAAUGAUUACACUGCGAAAUAAUAAAAACUUUAAUGCUCUAUA